UUUUCACCAUGGACAUUGUGCUACAAGGGACAGAGGUCGACAUCGUGGGACAAUGUGAACAAGCCCUGGUGAAAGCAGUUACUAGUAAAUUUGGCUGCACUCCAAUAUUGCACGGAAUCAAUAAUGCCAACAGGUGGGAUACGACCUCUGCUAAAAAGCCCAAAGUCACCCCUGAAGAAAGAUGGGUCAUCACUCUUCCCUCGGGCCUCAAGAUCUCUGUGUGGAAAGAUGACCUCACAACACACAGAGUGGAUGCAGUGGUGAAUGCUGCUAAUGAGGAUCUCCAACAUGCAGGGGGGCUUGCCGCUGUCCUUGUCAAAGCUGGGGGCCCAAUUAUUCAGCAAGAGAGUGACAGGAUCACAAAAUACAAUGGAAAGGUGUGGACAGGGCAAGCUGUGGUCACAUCGGCUGGAAAACUGCCAUGCAAGAAUGUUAUCCAUGCUGUAGGUCCUUAUGUGCGCAGGGGUGCGGACCACAGGGAAAUUGAUGGAGCUUCAAAAUACUUGGAUGAAGCUAUCGACAGCAUCCUGAAGAUAGCAGAGAGCGAAAAUCUGAAGUCAGUUGCCAUUCCAGCCAUUAGCUCUGGCCUUUUUAAUUUCCCCCUGGACCGGUGUGCCACCAUCAUUGUAAAGAGACUGAAGAAGUACAGUGAACACGGAAGAAAUGCCAUCAGGGAAAUCCAUCUGGUAAACAAUGAUGAGCGUUCCGUGUCUGAGAUGACCAGAGCCUGCAAGCAGGUCUUUGUGACCUCUAACUCAAGUUAUAGGCCUACCCAGCCCAACUCAUACUCAGGAGCAGCUGCUGCGAUGCCAGCAAAACCUUCACCUACAUCCCCUGUGAUGAACAAGGUGACUCUGCAUGUCACCAAAGGACACAUUGAAAAGCAACACACUACUGCCAUUGUUAACACUACAAAUCCUAGAUUGGAUUUGUCUGUCGGCGCAGUAAGCAAGGCCAUCUCGAGAGAGGCUGGAAAUAAACUUCAGUCUGAAGCUACCUCCACCCAUGGGUUCAACAACUACGGUGACGUAGUUAAAACGAAGGGAUGGAACCUUCAUGCAAAUUUCGUCUAUCACGUAAUCUGCCAACACAAAUCGCAGUCCAGCAGUGCAACACAGUCCCUACAGAUGCUUAAUAGCGUUGUUUCAAAGUGCUUGUCCAAAGCGGAGAAAGACCAAUGUUCAUCCAUUGCCUUUCCUGCUAUUGGGAGUGGUGAUUUGGGGUUCACUGCGAGUGAGGUGGCUCAUAUCAUGACUACAGCUGUAAGAGCCUUCUCCACUGCAUACAAGGGAGGCCCUAUGGAUGUGUAUUUUGUGAUAUACCCCUCAGAGGAUGCCACAUUUCAGGCUUUCAUGAAAGAAUAUGCAGCUUUGCAACCAUCACCUUCUCACUCAAGUGCUUUCUUUACCCCCCGCAAUGAACCUCCAGCUUAUGAAGAAAAGGGCAACCAAGGACCACGCAUUGAGCUCCGCAGUUCAAGUGAAGCGGUUCGGUGUGCUGCCACAAAAUGGGUCCAUGACAUCCUGGACAUACAGAGAAUGCGAAAAACUACUCACAGCAUCAGAAAUAAUCACAUCCAGCACUUUGGCCAUAAGGAACACAACAACCUGCUGUCCCUUCAGGCGAAAUUCAGUGUAGGGCUGAAGGUGUGCUACACUGCUGACGACCCAGCCAGCAUCAUUGUCAGAGGGUCACCACCAGAUGUCACGGCAACCGUGCUGGAAGUGGAGGCCAUGUGUUGUGAGAUACAGGAGGUCUAUGCGAAGGCCGCGGAGGAAACCAUGCUGUACUCCGUUGUGCGCUGGGUUUGCAAGGAUUUCCCAGAGAUGCAAAGCCCAGAGAUUAAUGCCACCCUGGAGAGGGCUUAUCUUGCUGGAAAAGAUGUGGUGCACAUCAAUUCUGACAUUAGUGUUGACUUCCUAUUUAUGGAGAUGCAGUCCCAGGAAAAGAAAUGCAAAAUGGAAAGAGAAUGCCUUUUCAAGCUCUACAGACCUGCUCAAGGAUUACCUGAAAAGUCCUAUUUUGAACGAAAGCUUGAACAAAAAAUGGACACAGGGAAAAUUAAAGACACUGGACUCCGUGCUGUGUGUGUUGAAAGAGUGGAGAACAAGGCCCUGGAACAGCUGUUUGAGUUGAACAAGAAAGGCAUCACAAAGGACCCAAUGACCCUCUACCAGCGUGUGCCAGCACAGUUCUGCCGGUUCAUCAGCUGGAUAGGCUUUCAGAGGGAGUAUUCCCCCCCUGAUGAGCAAAGGUUUGGACAGGGAAUCUACUUCACAGAGAGUGUCAAAUCAGCUAUGCCUCUGUGGAAGGGAAUGGAGGAAGAGGAGUACGUCUACAUUGUUGAGGCUGAAGUUCUUACCGGCAAGGACACCGUAGGAUCAACAGGUCUCAUCGUUCCUCCAUCCAAGCAACAGCAAGACCCCCUGAUACGUUACGACAGUGUAAAAGGAGGUACAGACAUCCAUGUGAUUUUCAAUGGCCAGCAAGCUGUGCCACGUUUCAUUUACACUCUAAAAAGAAUGUAAGAAUCUUUACAGAAUGUACUGUGAGAGGAAUAAGAGCUUUCUUUUUGGGUUGGUUAAAUCAGUGACCUGCUUGAGAAGUGCAAGGAAAAUGUAUAGUCAGAUGCCAAAUGAAGACUAAUACUCAACAGUGAUUGUUUCUCUGAUGUUAAUUUUGCCAUAUGAUGAAUACUGUGGGUGGAAGAGCA